ACAUUAUGAUUUAGAAGUAAUUGCUUUGGAACAUAAUCCAAUGUUUGUUACUAUUUUCAUUGAUGUAACGAUUAACAAUUACGUUAUAGUUCUGUUUCAUGGAUAUGAAAAUCAGAAUAGAGAAUUUAUACAAGCUAUAAAAGACCCGGACUAUUUAACCCCUUCCACAUUUUGA